CCGCCCCCUGGGGGCUUUCCUUCGCCAGCCAGCCCCAGGCCGACCUGCCCUCCGCAAAGCCGGGACUGCAGUCCUGCGUGCGGUGGGAGGCCCCGGGUGGUGAGUUCCUUACCUUGUUCGUUUUCCUACAUUAACAGGUCCCGCACCGAGGCCCCACCGGAUUAGUCUCUCGUGCAUCUUCAUAGGAAUGAAGAGGAGUGAUUUCUCGGUGGUGAAUACAGUUUCCCCGUCAUCACCAGCAGUGAAACGGCCCAGACCUGGCUUCUGCUCUUCCCUAGAGUGCAGUCACAUGUACGCUGUCCUCCAAGACUGGGGGAGUUUGCCUCACCAUGUGGUGUUACGAAUUUUUCAGUAUCUUCCUUUAAUAGAUCGGGCCCGAGCAUCUUCUGUGUGUAGGAGAUGGAAUGACGUGUUUCAUGUUCCUGACCUAUGGAGAAGGUUUGAAUUUGAACUGGACCAGUCGGCUACUUCGUACUUUAAGUCUACACAUCCAGAUCUCAUUCAGCAGAUCAUUAAAAAGCACGCUGCACAUCUUCAGUAUGUCAGCUUCAAGGUCCAUAGUGGUGCUGAGUCAGCAGAAACUGCCUGCAAUAUACUUUCUCAGCUGGUACAUUGUUCUGUCCGGACUUUGGGACUGAUUUCAACAGCCAAACCAAGUUUUAUGAAUGUGUCAAAGUCUCAUUUUGUGUCAGCUCUUACGGUUGUGUUCAUCAACUCAAAAUCAUUAUCAUCAAUCAAAAUUGAAGACACAUCAGUAGACGAUCCUUCCCUGAAGAUUCUCGUGGCCAAUAAUAGUGACACUCUGAGACUCCUAAAAAUGAGCAGCUGUCCUCAUGUCUCUUCUGAUGGAAUCCUUUGUGUGGCUGACCAUUGUCAAGGCCUUAGAGAACUGGCAUUGAAUUAUUACACCCUAAGCGAUGAACUCCUCCUGGCACUCUCAAGUGAGACUCAUGUUAAUCUUGAACAUCUUCGAAUUGAUGUUGUAAGCGAAAAUCCUGGGCAGACAGAAUUUCAUUCUAUUAAAAAACACAGUUGGGAUGCACUUAUUAAACACUCUCCAGGAGUUAAUGUUGUUAUAUACUUCUUUUUAUAUAAAGAAGAAUUUGAAUCAUUCUUUAAAGAGGAAACUCCUGUUACUCACCUUUAUUUUGGCCACUCAGUAAGCAAAACAGUUCUGGGACACAUAGGUAGGAACUGCCCACGACUGAUAGAGCUAGUGGUGUGUGCAAAUGGCCUUCAGCCUCUUGAUAAUGAACUUAUUUGUAUUGCUGAACGCUGCAAAAACUUGAUGGCCUUGGGCCUCAGCGAAUGUGAAGUUAGCUGCAGUGCGUUCCUUGAGUUUGUGAGACUCUGCGGGAGAAGGCUAACCCAGCUCUCCAUCAUGGAGGAAGUUCUGAUCCCUGAUGACAGAUACAGCCUAGAAGAAAUUCACACGGAAGUCUCUAAGUACCUGGGGAGGGUGUGGUUCCCUGAUGUGAUGCCUAUCUGGUAGCCAGCUGCCAACGAUUCUGCACGAUUAUUUUUUCCUCUGUAAGAUUAGCUGCUUUCUACCUAUGCAAAUGUAAAUUUUAAGAUUCCUUAUUUAGGAUGAAUAUUUUGUUAUUUGUGAAUUGUCUUAAUGGUUUGCAGCAGAAUAAUUUGAAAAAGUGUAAGAAAUUUGAACAGCCAGAAAUCUGUUAGUACAGCACAGAGUGUGUUAGAUUAGAUGGCUGAUAAACUAAAAUCUACAGAUGGUUUCUAGGUAGAUUCCUCUGCCUUCCUUAAAAGCGUAUUUUGGCUUACUAAAUAAAUUUAUAACAUUAAAGUUGGUCCCUUAAAUUAUAUGUUUUACUUUGUAAUUUCAUAUUGUUUUCAUUUUUUCUGGCUCAUCUUGGCAUUAAUAUAUUUUACAUAGUAUUAAAAAAUAAGAGUGCAAUCCAGAGACUUACUUAAUUGUAUUUAGAAAAUUUUUAGCACUCUAUAAGAUCACCUUUUAAAGUGACUUGUUGUUAGUGUGUUUGCAGUACAUAAUGAUAACACUUAACGUGGGAAGUUUGCACAUAACACAUCUUAAUUUUUCAUUUGUCCCCUCCCUUCCCAUCCUUCUGUGCUCUCUCUCUGUCUCUGUCUCUGUCUCUGUCUCUCUCUCUGUCUCUCUCUCUGUCUCUCUCUCUGUCUCUCUCUCUCUCUCUCUCUCUCUGCCCUAUCCACUGGCAAAAACUGUUUCCAUUUUUUCCUUCAAUUAUUUUUUUAUUCCUUUCUCUUCCUUUCCUCCCCGCUCCUUUUCUUAUUCUUCUUCUAAUUUGAAGAUCUCCCUCCUUCCUGUUAUCUGUCCUUUAUCUUGCUCUUCAUUUAUAGUUUGAGAUUUCUCAUGUAAGAGAAACUAAGCAGUAAACUUGAGAGUCUGACUGAACCAGCUUCUGAUUUCCAAAAUUCUACUUUGUAUCAAGUAUUUUUAUUAUGUAAUAGUUGGCAUUAGAUAAAAUUAAAUUCUAAUUCAUUUUAGAAAGCUACCAUGAAAGCAAAAAGAUACUGUGAUUGUUAAUUGAUUAAAUACCUGAAAUAAAAGGGUAAAUUUCAUAUGGUAUUUUGGGGAGGGAAUAAGCAUUUGUCAGCCUUAGAUAUGGAUGCAAGAAUAUGCCAGAUCCUUUGUGUAAGCCAUGUAAUUAUUUAAAGCUCUUUCCUGGCUUGUUGUCUUUGGAAGGAGGCUCUCUGCAAAACGACCUAGUCCGGCUUCUCGCUCCCUCCUGGCCUGAUUUUCUCCACUUGCUGCUCUUUGACUUGCAUUGUCUCAGUUCCGCAGACUGUCACACCCUCCAGUCAGCAAGCAUCUGCGCCUUCUCCCUGGCUUUCCCUUUCCAUCUGCAGCUUCUCAGUAUUAAUUCAUCACUGACGCCUCCUUUGAUACUUGGCCCGUCCCUGCUCCUCGGUCAGGUUCCUGUUGUGCAAGCAGUCAACACUGUGGUUGUCUUUUGCAGUAUUUACUGCUGUGUGACUGUAGGCACUUGUCUGAUUGUUAUCAGUGUAUUCCAUGGCAAUGUAAACUCCAUCAGUGCAAAAACCACUGUUGUUUUUUGCUGUUACAUCCCCAGCAUCUAAUGUGCUAGUUAUAUUGAACACAGUAGACAUUUUCCUUAACUAUUUUCUUUCAAACUUGUUCUCCUGCAUACUUUCCCUAGUGUCUUAAAUUUAUUUCUUAGAAAUCAACUAAACUAAAAAAGAAAUGUUUUUAUCUUACAAGUUUGAAUCUUUUUAAUAACAGCUUAAAUAUCUUCACCUGAUAAACUACCAGAAUGCAUUUUGACAUCCUUUCACUGUAUUCAGAGGCUGCUCUCAGGCCCAUUUUCCACACUGUGCCCGUCUCCCUGAUGAACCCCGUUGGGGCAGGCGCCUCUGACUCACCUUGGUGUCUCUUGCUCUCAGGACAGAGUGUUCUACACUAGUGAACGUGCAAUGCAUGGUAAUGGCAUCGAGUCUACUGAGCAAAAAAUACACCACCAGUUUCUGAAAGACUGAGUUACUGUCUUGCACAUUGCAUUAUUUGUGUCUUCUGAUUUCAGGAAAGUUUUCUAGCAUGAAACAGGAAACCUGAAAUCUGAUCAUGGUAAUGGAGUCACAGACAAGAGCUGGCUUAACUGAGAAGGAGUUGGGGAUCAAAGUAAUGGCACACAUAUUGCAGAGUUAAGGCUCUGGUGGUACCUGUAUUGCUUUAACAUAGAUAGCGGAGGAGACGCAGGAAGAUACUGUAAGAUACUUACCUGCACAGAAAGCUGAUAAAAUGGCCAGUGGUGCUUGCACUAGGAGGUAAAGGAUGCAAAACAGAGAGAAGGACUCCAGCGGAGCUGUCAAGGGAGAGCUUCUCCCUGUAGCCUAGUAGUGCAGAGACAAGGAGCCCAUUGGGCUCUUCACCCAGGACAAGCAGUUUGGCUUUCAAUUGUUUAAUAGUUGAACCCUAUGAAUUAAGCACUACAGUGAAUCUUAGAGCAAAACUCAGUGUAAUCUAAGUUCAUUAACUCAUGUUGAGGCCCUGAUUGGUCUUAUUACUGAGUGAUCUAUGAAAGGGCCAACUUUUUGUGUGUGUAUGAUAUUUUUAAAAUAGGACUCACAUUUGACUUUCUUUCUUUUUUUUUUUUUUUUUCUUUUGUACCAGGGAUUGAAUUUAGGACUUUGUGCUUGCCAGGCAGGUGCUUAUGCCGCUAAGCUAAAUCCCCAGCAUGUGUGUAUGAUUUUUAAAGACAGGGUCUUGCUGUGUAGUUUAGACUGCCUCCGAUCUUACUGUGUAGCCUAGCCUGGUCUCAAACUUGUGGCAAUCCUUUUGCCUCAGCCUCCCGAGUGCUGGGAUUAUAGGACAAACAUUUUUAAGAGAACCCAAAAUGAGAAAAUAUGGGGUGUUUUUAAUGUUUUACCUAAUAAAAAUAAUCUCCUCAUAACUGGAAGUGUAUGAAAAGUUACUCAGUACUGUUACUUCUCUGUCAUGUGAACUUUAUGGUAUUUCAACUAAAGUUGAAUAAUUCAACAUCCCAACCAGAAGAUAAGGAAGGAAGAAAACCCAUACUUACAUAAUACAGCAGAGGGCGCUGAACUCCAGGUCUCCUGUGAUCUACAGUCUGCCUUCCCCUUGAACAAAUAUGAAUGCUGAGCAGAAAGCAGUGCUCUUGCUGUACUUUGGGAAAGAUUAUAGGAAGACUAAGCUUAGAUUUCAUUGUUUAAAUGUUAGACCUCUUUCAAAGUUGUCUUUAAAGCCUCUGUGUCAUUUUCUCCUUUUUUGUGUCUUCAGUAGGAGCCCAGUCUUCAUCUGUUAAAAGGCAAUUUAAUUUCUAGAAAUAAUCUAAAGAUACUGGGGAUAGGCAUGAUGGCACACUCCUGUAAUCCCAGCACUCAGGCGGCUGAGACAGGAGGAUGGUUGCAAGUUUAAAACCAGCCUGGGCUACAAAGUGAGUUCAAGGCCAGCCUGAACUGCAUAGCGAGACCCUGUCUCAAAAAGAUAAAUAAAUAAAUAUAUUGGGGUACAAAGUAUAUAAAUAAGGAAGACUAUUACAUCAGAUGGUGCUGGAUAUAGUUUUUUUCCUAACCAAAAAUUAAGUUCUUAGCUUUCUAGCUUUACAUAUUAUGACACAGUGGUGAAUAAUCCAGCUAGAUAUGAGAGUGUUAAUUUUCUCACCUAUUUGAGAUUCAGCAUUAACUCUUCUUCCUGGCCACCUAUAUAGAAGUCCUGUUGCCUGUGUAACGUAUUAUUUGUAGCAGUUGUCAGUCAUAAAGUCACCCCCAACUGUAAAUCUACGCCAGUGACAGUAACUUAAAUCUCCCUCUAUUGGGGCUGGGGGUUUAGCUCAGCGGUGUAAGCACCUGCCUUGCAAGCAGGCAGUCGUGAGUUCAAUCCCUGGUACCGAUAAAAAGGAAAAAGACAAAAAAAAAAAAAUCUCCCUCUAUGAUUCUUCUGUAUCCAGCCCUGGGGUAACUAAUUGCAUCAUUUUCUUGCUUUCUGUUUAAUUUUACUACUUUUGUAUGUGUUCUUAGAAAUGUUUUGAUUUCAGUUGUUUGGACUUUAAUAAAAAGUGUUAGGCUUUA